AUGAGCGUUCGUUCUUCUUCAGGAAAACCUCAGUCUUACUCUCUUCGAAGAGGCUCAGCGCUUGCCAACACUGUCAUUUCCGAAGAUGAAGUUCUUUCCAAAUCCGGAACGUCCGAGGAUGAUGCAGGUUUCACCUUCAAAUCUUCUGAUUUUAGUGUAUCCAGCAGGGAUACGCUGAACAACUCCAGAGAAUUCUCAUGGCGCCUCGAAGGAGGAAGUGGCGAUCUCUCGGCUGCCUUCUCGGUGGGUUCAGCGGCGUCGUUACGUUCCAAGAAUACUCGAGAAGAUGAAUUGAAUAUCAUUGACGGAUCCAGACGGAAGCCCCAGCAUCAUCAAACGAUCUCCGAAUUUACGAUUGAUAAACUCAAAGUAGAUUCCAUUGGUUUGAUAGGAAGGGAAAAGGAAGUCGCUUCCUUAGCAACUUGCUUUGAACGAUUAAUGAGCAAAGAUUUUCAUGAUGCUCCCAUGUCUUCCAUGAUGAGCACGAGGUCAUUUACUUCCACCGAAUGUUCAACACCGUUGAUAUUGGAUCAACCGAAAAAAGAAUUGGUGUAUAUUUCAGGCUUGAGUGGGGUUGGCAAGUCUUCCGUGGCGCGGACAUUGAAAAGAGAUAUGGAAAAGAUGGACGAUGCAAUCUAUGUAGAAGGGAAAUUUGAUUUCAACACAUCCAAUGAACCAUACUCUGGAAUUGCCAAGGCAUUGGGGUCCAUUUGCCGCAUCAUUUUGGAAACCCGGCAAGAAAUCACGAUAGAGAUCGCCACGGAGAUUUACGACGCCCUGCACGAUGAAAUUGGAGUCUUGGUGGCCAUGAUACCCGACCUGAAAGAAAUUGUGGGGUCCAAAUACAAGGUGCAACCAAACACCACCAAGGAGAACGAGGAAUACAACUUUGCCAAUGGAAAACAAUCGUUGAAAUAUGCAUUCCGAGUGCUAAUGCGGGUACUAUCGUCGCAUAUAUCAGUACUCGUCAUGAUGUUAGAUGACCUACAGUGGGCGGACCCUUCCUCUUUGGAAGUCAUUGACUACAUAAUAACAGACAUUCACAAUCCUCGGCCUCUCAUGAUCUUGGGGUGUUACCGAUCGGACGAAUUCGAGGAAGACAGCCUUUUGGCGAAAGAUAUUCAACGGCUGAAAAAGAAGGCGGCUUAUUUCCUGUUUGCCAUCACGGAAAUUGAAGUCAAUGCAUUUGACGUAGAUGAUGUGAAUCGAAUCAUCAUGGCCAUGAUGUCCAUUGAUGAUCCAAAUUUGACUUUGGAGCUGGCGCGACUGUGCCAUCAAAGGACUCUUGGGAACCCCUUCUUUUUGAUUGAAUUCAUGAUGAUGCUACAUUCCGAGACUCUGAUCGAGUUUAAUCUUGGACUUUUGAAAUGGGUGUAUGACGUUUCCAAGAUUGAAGACGCUACGAUGUCCACCACCAAUGUUGCUAACCUUCUGGAAGUCCGAAUGAAGCAGUUGCCGAAAAAGAUACAGCUUUUUCUCCAGUAUGCUGCCUGCCUUGGGUCAUCCUUCAGUGAGUCAACACUUCAACUGAUAUGGGACAAGCGGGUGGAAGGCGAAGGUGAAGAAUCGAUACAGCCUUUGCUCGAAAACGUGACAUCGCAUCACAUUGUGGACCAUGCCGGUCAAGGACGGUAUAGAUGGGUGCACGACAAAGUGCAGGAGGCGGCUUUGGCUCUAACGGGAGGGGAACGAGAGUCUUUCCAGUUCAGUGUUGGGGCCUCAUUGUAUCACUGGCUGAGCAAAGAAGAGUUAGAAAACGAACUUUUUGAAGUCACCGACUUGAUCAACAGCUACAACACCAGGAAUCAUUACGAAUAUGCCGAACUAAAUUUACAAGCCGCAGAAAAGGCAAGGGGGAUUUUUGCACUCCACAGUGCAAGCGAGUAUGCAGCGAUUGGAAUUGGCAUGUUGCCAGAAGUCACCUAUGAAGAAAGACCUGGACUAGCCCUUCGGCUGUAUAUCAUUGGGGCCGAGAUGGAGCUUGCAUUGGGUCACGGCGAUGCUGCGGAAGCAUAUCGGAAUGCAUUGGUCAGUCGAAGCGAGUAUUCGCUCGUUGACACACUACCAUUGCAAUGCGCCUAUGUUCGCAAGCUUUCGUUUGUCGACUUGGACUAUCCCAAAGCAGUGGAAGUUUGCAUCGACAUAUUGUCCAAAUUGGGGGUCCAAGUCUUGUGGCGACGUGUUCCAGUGUCCAUUCAAGCGCUCACCAUUCUAAUGCGAACCAUUAGCAAGGCCAACAAAGAAGCCCCACAUCCAGCGAAUAUCUUCAAAGAAAUGGAGUUGAUGACUGACAAAAGGGAUCAAUUGGUUAUGGAUUUGCUGUCGACCAUGGGUUUUGCCGCCUAUCACAUUAGAGGCAGCUUGCUUUCGGUUGUUGGGAUAUGUAUGAUGGUUCAGAUGACACUGGAGCGUGGCAUUGCAAAGGAAUCUGGCAAUUCCUUUGUUUGGUUGGGCAACUUCACGAUAUCCCUCAAAUCCGACUACCAAACUGCUGCUAAAUUCGCUGAUAUUGGCCUUGCUAUACAAAAGGGCUCCCCACCAGCACGAGAAGGUGCAUGUUUGUUCAAUUCCCAUGCAUUUGUACUUUCAUGGAAAUUGCCAUUUCAUGAGUGUCUAAAACCACUAGCAGACGGAUAUGCUUCAUCGAUGAAAAUGGGGGAUACUGCAUAUGCAAUGUGGGCGUUGGUCUCAAGGCAUGUGUGGGUUCCGUACCUCAUGGGGAAACCUCUGGAGCCUUUACUGAGGGAGUUUCCCCUUCUUCAAUCUCAGAUGGAAGAAUUGUCGCAAGGGAAACAGUUAAUUUCGCUGAAAUCGUUCCGAGAUCUAUUUCUGAACUUGGUGAUUUCUGGUGUUGACGUAGAUGGGCCACCGGAAAUUUCCAACAAGGCCCACUUUGCCAGAGGAGAGAUGCUGCUUUUCUUUGACCCAGAGGCCGCGGCAAAGAGAGCUCUAAAAGUGGGAAACAAUUUUGCCAAGCACAAUAUGGGGACUUGCCUGAUUAUGAUUGAAACCUUUCACCGUGGUGUCAGUUUGUAUAGCAUGGCAAGGCGAACGGGUCAACGAAAAUACAGAAACCCGGCGGGCAAGAUACGAAAGUUGGUACAAUCAUGGUGGGAUGCCGGAAAUCCAAAUGUCAAACACUACAUCAAGUUGUUGGACGCAGAAGAAAAAGCCUUGGGCAAAUCGUACGACAAAGCUGAAAAGCUAUAUGUGGAGGCAAUCGCCUUGGCGGCUCGGACCGGUCAUUUGCACCAUGCCGCCUUGUUCAAUGAACGAUAUGCCGAUCUGUUAAUGCACCAUCGUCGCGACAAGAAGGAAGCCGAAUUCCGAUUGACCGAAUCGAUUAGAUAUUACAAGGAGUGGGGUGCCAUCCGAAAAGUCGAAGCGGUGGCAGAAUUACUAAUGGAACAAAUGGAAGGUGGAGAUGCAAAGGCAUAA